CGGGGACUCGGGUCAGUUUGGCCGCGGGCGCGGGCAGCGCGCGGGGCUCCGAGUGGACGCGGGCGCGUGGGGGCUGCCCGGGACCGGGCGGCGGGCCUUCGCCAUGCCCGGGAUGGUGCUCUUCGGCCGGCGCUGGGUCCUCGCCAGCGACGACCUGGUGUUCCCGGGAUGCUGCGAGCUGUGCCUGCGGGUGCCGUGGUGGUUCGGCAUCCUCAGCCUCUACCUGAUGCACAGACGGAAGCUGGACUGUGCGGGGGGCGGCGUGCUCGCUGGCUACCUGCUGGUGCUGCUGGUGCUCCUGGCCAUGGUCAUCGGCACCCUACUCGCCAUCGUGUGCGUCAGCAUGAGAGGAACCAUCUGUAACCCCGGGCCACGGAAGGCCAUGGCCAAGCUGCUCUACCUCCGCCUGGCGCUGUUUGUGCCCGAGAUGGUCUGGGCGUCCCUGGGGGCAGCCUGGGUGACAGACGACACACAGUGCAACAGAGUCGUCAUCAAUGGCAUCAUUGCCACUGUGGUGGUCAGCUGGAUCAUCAUCGCCUCCACGGCCGUGACCAUCAUCAUUGUCUUUGACCCACUUGGGGGCAAACUGGCUUCUCAUCCCUCAAUCGGGCCCGAGUCCCUGGACCACCGCGAAGCCAGCCAGUUCUUCACGGGGCUCAGGACAGCGGCAACCAGCAUGUGGGAGACGCGGGUGAAGCUGCUGUGCUUCUGUGUGGGCCGUGACGACCAGGCGCGGGUGGCCUUCGCCAGCACGGCCCAGCUCCUGUCCACCUGCUUCUCGGACACGGACCUGGUGCCAAGUGACAUUGCGGCUGGCCUUGCCCUGCUCCAUCAGCAGCAGGACAACCUGAGUGGCAGCCGUGACCCUGAGGAGGUGAUCAGCUGUCCCCUGGGGUCCCCCCAGGACUCGGAGCUGGACGCCGAGCUGGAGAACUGCCGCCACUACAUGCAGUUCGCGGCAGCCGCCUAUGGCUGGCCCCUGUACGUGUACCGGAACCCCUUCACGGGGCUCUGCAGGAUUGGGGGCGACUGCUGCAGGGGCCCAGUUCUCGAGGACGGCCCAGUCGAGGGUGAGCGGCUGCGCUGCCACCUGGGCUCCAUCCUGCACACCACAGGGCUGCAGUGCCGCGACUUUGUCCACAUCAGCUUUCACGACAAGGUGUAUGAGAUCCCAUUCUUCGUGGCGCUGGACCACAGGAAGAAGUCGGUGGUGGUGGCCGUGAGGGGAACCAUGUCUCUCCAGGACAUCCUGACGGACCUGUCAGCUGAGAGCGAGGCCCUAAAUCUUGAUUGUGGGGUGCAGGACUGCUCAGCACACAAGGGGAUCUCGCAGGCUGCCGGUUACCUGCACCGCCGGCUGGUGAAAGAUGGGAUCCUGAGCCAGGCCUUCAGCGCCGCACCCGACUACCGGCUGGUCGUGGUGGGCCACAGCCUGGGCGCUGGCGCGGCGGCACUGCUGUCACUCCUGCUCCGGGCCGCGUACCCGAGUGUGAGAUGCUACGCUUUCUCCCCGCCCCGGGGGCUGCUCAGCAAAGCCCUUCACGAGCACUCGCAGAGCUUCAUCGUGUCUCUUAUCCUGGGCAAGGAUGUGAUCCCCAGGCUCAGCGUGACCAACCUGGAGGACCUGAAGCAGAGGAUCCUGCGGGUCAUCGCCCACUGCAACAAGCCCAAGUACCAGAUCCUGCUGCACGGGUGCUGGUACGAGCUGUUCGGGGGGAGCCCCGCCAACUUCCCGACGGAGCUGGAUGGGGGCCAGCAGGGGGACCUUACCCAGCCUCUCCUUGGGGAGCAGAGCCUGCUAGUGCGUGGCUCCCCGAGCUACAGAUUCUCCAGCGAUUCCCCGCUCCGGUCCUCCCCCCAGUACCCACCCCUGUACCCCCCGGGCAGGAUCAUCCACCUGGAGGAGGAGGGCACUUCUGGUCGGUUCUGCUGCUCCACCACCCAGUACAGCGCCAGGUGGGCCCACGAGGCUGAAUUCAGCAGAAUCCUCAUCGGACCCAAGAUGCUGACCGACCACAUGCCUGACGUGAUGCUCCGCGCCCUGGACAGGGUCGUGUCUGAUAGGGCCACGUGUGUGUCCUGCCCAGCCAACAGAGUGGCCCCCGCGCGCAUGGCCUAAGUCCUGAGGGACCGCCGAGUCACUGCUCUACUGACAAACAGGCAAACAGUGGGAGAGGCACCAGGUCCCAGCUGGGAUAGAGGGCAGGAGAAGCUUCUGGAAGCCUCCCUGGGUGCCUGCACCUCCCCACCCUGCUGGGCUGUCCAAGGCAGAAUGUAGGGGCAGACUGGGCCUUUCUGGCCCCCCGGAGCUCGGGCUCAGCUGUGAGGGCGCCACAGGGACCCCGCCGACAUCCACCGAAGAUUGGCUGGCAGCCCGCAGAAGUUCACUCAGGCACUGGCGUACCCCCAAGCUGCUCCCCAUAAACAGAUCUGUCUGCUGUGAAGCCAGCAAAGCGGGUCUGAGUCUUCUUGGCGCCCUGAAGACCAAGGGUCUCGCUCAC